AUGUGCCGUUCGGCGAGACUGUGGUGGGGGCCGCUUAUACCAGCGGGCGGCGCGCCUCGCGCGGGCAGUCCUCGUCCGGCUUCCGCCCCCGCCUCCUCCGCCACCGCCUCCGCCUUCGCCAUGUACCCGCUGGCAGCUGCGCGACAGCCCGAGGCCCGCAAGCCGGCGCGCCGCUUGCGCUGCCCGGCGCUGGCGGCCGCCGCCGCCGUCGGCUGCCUCGUGCUCGUCAGCUUCGCCGUCGUCGCCUUCACGCUGUCCCGCGUCCUCGACGUCCGGCCGUUCCAGGAGGCGGCGCGCUCCACCGAGUCUGCGCUGCUGGAGGAGGCGGCCAUCGUCGCCGAGGUCGCUGGCCCCCCUCCUGGUGCCGGCAGCACCAACGGAAGCCGUAGCGCAGUGCACAGCGCUGGGAACGCCGGAGCCCUUGCAGCUCGAGAUAACGGCGGGCCGGCGCGCCUCUCUCCAGUAUGCACGCACGCCCGUGACCAUACGGCUGCGUCUGCUACGCGCAUGCGCCUCCGCUGCCCCUGUCCGGAAGCGGCGCGCGGCGCGCGGCAGAAGUGUGCCGGCCCUGUGCUAGCGCAGCUGUGGCGGCGCGGUGUUUGCUCGCGCGCCGUGACGAGCCGCUAG